AUGCUUCUCCUCCCAGCUGCUGCCCUGUGCUGUCUGUGUUCAGCGCUGGUUUCCACGGCGACAGAGCUGAUUCAGGAUGAUUUAACACUGACCAGGAGAGUCAGUGAAAAAGUUUCAUUCAGCUGUGGAGGAACUGACCAGUGUAGUAAUAGCUAUGUAUACUGGUACCAGAAGAAAGAGUCAGAAACAUUCACAGUGAUUCUUGAUAUUAACAGGAAUUCUGGAGCUUUAGAUAAACGCUACAAUCAUCCUCAGAAAGAUGAUUUCUCAGCUGUGAAUAAAGGGAACGGCUGUGAGUUGCAGAUCCAGAGAGUUAAACUCUCUCAUUCAGCCUCAUAUUUCUGCUCCUGUUGGUAUUCUGGUCUCCAGUGGUAUCGCAUCUUUGGCUCUGGGACUAAACUGUUUGUUACAGAUCAUGAGGUGCUGGAGCCCAUGGUGAGCCUGUACUCAGUAGCAUGCAGAGACCAGCAGGAGAAGAGUCCUCUGCUGUAUGUGGCCUCAGCCAUGUUUCCUCCUCUGGUCCAGAUCUCCUGGAAAAGACAGAAGGACAACGGUCCUCUGGAGGAAGUUCCCCCUGCUGAGGGAGAGCAGCUGGAGAUCAGAGAGUCAGGACGAACCAGCUCCAUCUUACUGAUCAAACAUGGUCUCUACUCGUACAAAUACGUCUGCUCUGUGGAACAUGAGGGGGGCACAGUGGAGGCCCUCACAGAAGAUGAUCCUUUCAGGUCUGAGUGCAGGGUGAGGCUGCUGACUCUGCUGUACUCUGUGCUGAUAGUGAAGAGUCUGGUGUACUGCUGUGGACUCUGUCUGCUGAGGAUCCUCACCAACAACACACCGUCCAUCCUCUGCUCAUGUGCUAACUGACUGUCAUUUCAUUCAUCCAUUAAAACAUCCAAAAAGAGGCGACUGAGACAAAUCAGCACGGUUUGGCACGGCCUAAAGUCACGGUGGAAAAGCCCCAUGGGAGGAGUCCUGAUUGGAUGCCCGACCUACUGUCAGUGAUUUUAAAUCUCAUCAUAUUCAAGAUUUUUUCAGCAGGUAAAAAUCCUUUAUAAAAUUUGAUUUAGCUUUAAAAUAUUUCAAAUUGAAUCAAUACUUUGUGCAGAUUUCUGUAUGUAAUUUUGAUAUUGUAAAUAUAUAUAAAAAAUUCUGAUUGUAGGUGUUUCUUCAUUGUUUGCUGUGAUUUUUAUAAUUUCAGAAAUUAUUAGCUGUUGAAUAGAAAUUGCAGCAUUUUGCUAUUUUUUCUUUCUGUUUACUUUUUGACACAUU